AAGCAUUCGAAAAUGACAAACCACUAAUUGAGGACAUAACUUCCAGUCGAUUAAUGGUAAUAUUUGCAGUUAGCUUAUGGCUCUGCAAUGUGUCAUAAAACCCAAAAUGUGGCUGGGUCUUAAGCAGAUCCUGCUCUAUGUGGGCCUCCUGCUCUGUGUCGUUCUUCAGGUUUGCAGGAGCAAAGCCCAGCUGCAGAUGUUCUGCCCCACCGUCUGCCACUGUGAUCUUCAUUCCCAGCGUAAUCGAGCGAUAUGCAGUGCCAAGCGCUUGAUAAGCGCCAAUAUAGAAAUGCCCGAAACGGUCGAGCUAUUGGACCUGAGCUACAACGAUAUAACCACCAUUGAUGAUGACUCCUUCAAGACAACCAUACACCUGAUCAACCUGACACUGGCCCACAAUGCCAUCCACACAAUUUACGGUGACGCCUUUUCGGAGUUGCCCAGACUUCGCUACCUUGAUCUUUCGUACAAUCGCCUGGAGCAGAUCGAUGAGCAUAUCCUGGAAUCCAAUGGCCAGCUGAUCCACCUCAAUCUGGAGGGCAAUAAAUUGUCCACCCUGGGAAAAGGACCCAUUUUGAGGAGUCCAUCGCUUCGCUCUCUCAACCUGCGCAACUCGCAGGUAAAUCAGCUGGGAAUCCAGCUACUGAGUGCCCUACCCCAACUGCGUCAACUGGAUUUGGCCCAGAAUCUGCUGUUGACCCUAAGUCCCGGUGAUUUCUAUGCCCCACGGUAUUUGGCCUCGCUGAAUGUGGAGGAAAAUCCCUUCAACUGUGAUCGGGCUUUGGCCAAAGUGGCCACUGGAUUGAGACAACGUGGAGUGGCUAUUUUCAUGAGCGAUUGCGUGGAUGAGGAGCAGGAAAUUCAUCCAGAGGAAGUGCAAGUCCAGGAGAAUGCCACGAUGAAGUUUGAGCGCAUGGAGCACGUGGAGCCCAGCACCCAAGGACCUCAGUCGGUGCUGUCCAUCUGGCGGGAGUUGGACUCCAGCGAGGAGCAGAGCAGCGAGGAUGAAGACGACCAGAUGUCCUCGCUGAGCGAUGAUUGCGAGGGAAGUCGCGAGAAACUCUGCAUGCGAUACCGAACCUGUUUGGAGCGCGCGAGCCAUGAGCUGCAGGCUGGAGGAAACUCCCAGCUGGAAGAUGAAAUCAUGCGCACACACACCUACGACGAGGACGACCUUAAGCUGGCCUUUGUGGUGGGCGGGGCCACGGGCGUGUGCAUGGUCAUCUUCAUCAUCACCUGUGCCCUGUGCCUAAAGAGCUGCUGUGAGAUGCGCAAGAAGAAUAACAAUACCGAUGGGGAUUCAGCCGCUCUAGAUCCCUCGGAGGAGAGCCUGCCCACCAUUCACACCUGGUCACCGCAGCGGACACGCCACCCCAGACGCUCCAAUCCUCAGCGUCCUCGCAGCACUGCAUCGCGUGCCUUGGUCCGCCAGCCCUACGGACCGCAGGACAAUUUCGUGAACCGGCUUUUUGGGCGUCCGGCCCGCAGUCAGUACUACCGGACCAUCAAUCAGAACACGGCCACCCUCAUCCGGCGCCUCAGUCGGAGUAACCUCUUCACCAGCCGGGAUCGGGAGCCAAGUUCCCCCACCACACCGCCAACUUCCACGGCCAGAUUCUAUACGGAUGUGGUCGAAGGUGGCGCGGCGAGACCGGAGACACCACCUCCAAGCUACGGCGAUGUGGUGGUCAUCGAGAAUUGUGAUAACAAGUGAGGGAAGCUACUUUGCUUGUGAGGGCAGACAUUCGCUUUAGCUGAUACAUAUUCUAAGAUAUCACUCUUCUCGUCCUUACCUCAUUUACAAUAAAGACCCGUAUAAGAUAAUCAAAACAAUAA